AUGGGUCUUUUGUCAUAUGUGGCCCGCGUGGCUCCUUCCAAGCCUGCGCAAUCGCAAGGUGUCAUGGGCAGGUCAUCUCCUGCCCAGCCUGCGCAAGGUGUCAUGGACAGGGUAGCUAAUGCCCAGCCUGCGCAAGGUGUCAUGAACAGGGUAUCUCCUGUCCAGCCUACGCAAGGUGUCAUGGACAGGGUAGCUCCUGCCCAGCCUGCGCAAGGUGUCAUGGACAGGGUAGCUCCUGCCCAGCCUGCGCAAGGUGUCAUGGACAGGGUAGCUCAUGCCCAGCCUGCGCAAGGUGUCAUGGACAGGGCAGCUCAUGCCCAGCCUGCGCAAGGUGGCAUGGACAGGGUAGCUCCUGACCAGCCUGUGCAAGGUGUCAUGGACAGGGUAGCUCCUGACCAGCCUGCGCAAGGUGUCAUGGACAGGGUAGCUCAUGCCCAGCCUGCGCAAGGUGUCAUGGACAGGGUAGCUCCUGCCCAGCCUGCGCAAGGUUUCAUGGACAGGGUAGCUCCUGCCCAGCCUGCGCAAGGUGUCAUGGACAGGGUAUCUUCUGCCCAGCCUGCGCAAGGUGUCAUGGACAGGGUAGCUCCUGCCCAGUCUGCGCAAGGUGUCAUGGACAGGGAAGCUCCUGCCCAGCAUGCGCAAGGUGUCAUGGACAGGGUAGCUCCUGUCCAGCCUGCGCAAGGUGUCAUGGACAGGGUAGCUCCUGCCCAGCCUGUGCAAGGUGUCAUGGACAGGGUAGCUCCUGCCCGGCCUGCGCAAGGUUUCAUGGACAGGGUAGCUCCGGCCCAGCCUGCGCAAGGUGUCAUGGACAGGGUAUCUUCUGCCCAGCCUGCGCAAGGUCUCAUGGACAGGGUAGCUCAUAACCAGCCUGUGCAAGGUGUCAAGGACAGGGUAGCUCCUGUUCAGUCUGCGCAAGGUGUCAUGGACAGGGUAGCUCAUGCCCAGCCUGUGCAAGGUGUCAAGGACAGGGUAGCUCCUGUCCAGCCUGCGCAAGGUGUCAUGGACAGGGUAGCUCCUGCCCAGCCUGUGCAAGGUGUCAUGGACAGGGUAGCUCCUGUCCAGCCUGCGCAAGGUGUCAUAUACAGGGUAGCUCCUGCAAGGUCUGCGCAAGGUGUAAUGGGCAGGGUAGCUCCUGCCCAGUCCGCGCAAGGUGUAAUGGGAACGGUAGCUCCUGUCAAGCCUGCGCAAGGUGUCAUGGACAGGGUAGCUCCUGCCCAGUCUGCGCAAGGUGUCAUGGAAAGGGUAGCUCCUGCCCAGCCUGCGCAAGGUGUCAUGGACAGGGUAGCUCAUGCCCAGCCUGCGCAAGGUGUCAUGGACAGGGUAGCUCAUAACCAGCCUGCGCAAAGUGUCAUGGACAGGGUAGCUCCUGCCCAGCCUGCGCAAGGUGUCAUGGACAGUGUAGCUCAUGCCCAGUCCGCGCAAGGUGUCAUGGACAGGGUAGCUCCUGUCCAGUCUGCGCAAGGUGUCAUGGACAGGGUAGCUCCAGCCCAGCCUGCACAGGGUGUCAUGGACAGGGUAGCUCCUGCCCAGUCUGCGCAAGGUGUCAUGGACAGGGUAGCUCCUGUCCAGCCUGCGCAAGGUGUCAUGGACCGGGUAGCUCCUGACCAGCCUGCGCAAGGUGUCAUGGACAGGGUAGCUCCUGUCCAGCCUGCGCAAGGUGUCAUGGGCAGGCUGCUGCUGCUGCCGAUGCUGCUGAUGCUAAUGCUGCACAACCUGUGA